AUGGCGCGUCGAUCAGCUCGUCUGCUCAAGCGCGAGACUACGCCCUCCGAAGAUAGUUGGCACACUGCCUCGUCGCCCAACUUGGGCCUUCCAGAUCUUCCAGAAUUGCCAGAGCCUGUUAUGGCGCGGAAGACGCCCUCGAACGCCUCUGCAGGUCCCAAGGCCCAGUCCAAGUUACCGCAAGCGGCCGCGACACCCACACCUCAUAAGAGCAAAUCAACCAAGUCGCUCAUUGAUGACGCCAAGAGCCAAACACCGAAAGAUCGCACUCCGAUCAAGCCGGCAGGACAGGAGAUGCAUCCAGCGCAUCACCACGCGAGCACAGCCAAGAUCCUGGAUGAGGCGCGCUGGCUCGGUUUUCAGUCACUGGGUACCGCGCCAUCCAAAGCGACCGGCCUGGUGGGUCAGGCAACGCCCUCGAAGACUCCUGUAGCUGCCUCCUCGAUGGCCAAUGUAGGGUCAUCGCCUAACUUCCGUUUCCGCUUCAAGUCGCCUUUCUCGAAACAAGACGAAGCCACGCUGAGCCCAAGCUCGCGCAACAUCCUGAAAGACGCUGGGAUCGCAGGCACUCCUGGUGGUGGCAGCCGUGCUCUGUUCGGCACGAGCGAGUGGUCCUCCAAGGUCGACGUGUCUCCCCAGCGCAAGAUGGCCGAAGCCAAGGGCAAGAUGGCUCGCUUCAGCGACGUACACAUGAAGCAGUUCAAGAACAUGGACUCCAUCGCGAACCACCCGUCAGCUUUCCGCGCCGACCCGACACGAUUCAAGCCCGUCGUGGGCCAGUCGAUCAAGAAGUCGCCCUCGAAACCAGAGCUCGCGAACACGGAGACGAACAAACUCAAGCGUACACAGUCGAAGGCAGAUCUGGCGGAGCCGAGCUCGAGUGCCGCUGGAGGUCUAAAGCGCACACAGUCGAAGAUGGACCUCGCAGGAUCCGGAAGCAAGAUUCCCCCAACCCCGUUGAAGCGCACUCAAUCCAAGAUGGACCUCACCGGAUCUGCCCUGCCACGCUCCCAGCCACCAGCUCGCAUGGCUCCUCCUACACGCGAUGGACGACCGGCCUCCCGCGACGGCGACGGUGACCGUAACCCGGUAGCUAAGCGUGUCAAGCGCACCGAAUCUGACGAUGCUGCCACCACCCGCCCUGCGUCUCGCGAAAAGGUGCCCGAUGUCCCAGCCCGCGCAGCUGCUACUCCGGCCCGUAAGAAGACAUCUCAAACUGCACUCCCUCGUCUAGCUGCGCGAUUGAUGACGCCUACGAAGUCGUCUAUCGCGCGUUCACAGAGCGUCAAGACUCUGAAGACGACAUCGAUGAUUCCAACUCUAGGCAAGUCGCCUUCCACGAACAACCUGGGAGCUUCGCCGUCUGUCAAUCGUAGCUUCGAGUCGUCCUCUGCCCGUAAUACCUUCUCUCCUCCUAGCAACAUUGGCCAUCUGCAGACUUUGAGGGACAAUGCACGCGAGAGCAUGCGCAAGGCAAGCAGCAACUUGCAGCGCGUCCGAUCAAUUCUUCGCACGCCAAACCGCAAAUUCUCGGACGAUCCUAGCAAAAUCGCGGCAGGCACUCACAUGUCACCUCCAACCAUGAGCCUCGACAAAGCACCGUCCCUGGUCCCUGCUACAGCUCCUGUGAAGAAGCAAGUCAACUUCAGCAGUAGUACUUUGGAGCGCGCGUCGCACGACGAGCUGGGCAAAUCACCCUCCCCGAUGAAGUUCAGGGCAGGCAGUGAAGUGCCUGCUGGUGCUGUGAUCUAUCCUACUCUCGGCUCAGGAGCACACAAUGGCCCAGAUCUUUCUCAAGAGAUUGAAACUCUGACCGCUUCUCCAUCUCGUCGCCUCACAUUCGGUGGCGAAGCUCCUAAUCAUCCACGUUCCUUUUCCUUCGAGUCCGGCAACACUGUCAGCUUUGGCCCUGUAUCGACUGGCACGAUCCGCAUGGUACGUCCGAGCGAUGCAUCUUCUCUUGUCGACGGCACAAAGCGCAAGCUGGAGACCCUCCAGGAGACAUCCGACAAGGAGAACGAUGGACCUAAUGACGACGACACGCGCUCCAACAAGAAGAUGAAGCGGACACCUGCACCCGCUCCAAAGGCCCCUGCCAGCGCAAGCAAGCCAGCUCGCCACACCCCAGGACGUGCGGGUGCUAUCAGCAAGUCAAGGCUCGCCUUCCUUGCUACGCCUAAACGAAGCAGGGCGUAA